AGCCACAAAUAGAAGGGAUUUGAGAGUGGCUGGAAUUGAAAACAGUACAGAAGCAGGCAGGAAAAAAAUGGGUGGAGGAAAUGGUCAGAAGUCGAAGAUGGCUCGUGAGAAGAAUCUGGAGAAGCUCAAAGCUGCCUCCAAGGGCAGUCAGCUUGAAUCCAACAAGAAGGCCAUGAACAUUCAGUGCAAGGUUUGUAUGCAGACAUUUAUUUGCACUACCUCAGAAGUGAAAUGCAAGGAGCAUGCUGAAGCUAAACACCCAAAGGCAGACUUGUUCACCUGUUUCCCUCAUCUAAAGAAAUAAUUACAAUUGUUAUCAUUAUCAUGGUUUCAUCUAUGCACUGUGUGUGUAUGCCUCUGAAUUGUGUGAACCACUUUCAAGCUUAAUAUUUAAUGCACAACUCUUAUGGUUCA